CCCUUUAAGUUCCAUGGCCUGUUUUCUUCCAAGACCAACGACUGAUGUCGGCUAAGGUUAUCACCAUGGUGACCUUUGCCGACACAGCAAAGGUCUCACCUGUGGAGCUGCACGAGCCUCCGUGUCUGAGCGCCUCUCUGUCUCCGGGACUCAGGCGGAAGAAGAUGCUGUGGCAGAAUGCCGUCAAACACAUCAUCAUCCAGCAGGAGCUCAACGCUCAGGCGGGAGUUGAGCCAGCGCGCAAAAUCUGUGUGACAGAUUCCUACAUCGAGGAGAUCAACAGACAGAUCCGCAGCAAGGCCUCACGCGGGGCCACCAAACGCCGCUCCUCCACCGUCAGAGUGCAGACCCGGGGAUCCACCAGCACGCACGGCAGCGUUGGGGGUUCUACCCGUGACUACACCAGCGAUGCAGAUUUCUUUGUUUGCUGGGGCAACACCGUCCGUGGUGUUUACAUACCCAUGCUGCGGCACACCUUCAAGUCCCGCGACCUGGAGAAGCUCUACCAGCAGUACUCUUCUCACCAAAGACGCAACUCUCUCGCCGUCACCAAUGUGAUCGACGCAGUGGCCAAAUUGCAUGUGUUGGUCCUGUACCUGGUGCUGGCCCCGGAGCCCAAAGCAGACACCCUACGUUCCUACUUAACCAGCAUCUUCAUGAUGUUAGCUGUAGCUCUCUGCGUUGUGGUGUUAAACUGCAAAGACUCCUUGUCCCCAAAGUGGCUUCACUACGCUGGCCUUGCGAGCUGGUUCUCUCAAACCACACAGAUUCUGGGAGGGUUUGUUUUUGGGUUGGAGAAAGAUCCAUCCUGGUAUGUUUUAUUUACACUUUUUGCCACAUACACACUGCUGCCCCUUCCUCUGCUGUGGGCUAUCUGCGCCGGAUCCGUCACCUCGUUGCUGCACCUCGUUGUGGAGAUUUUGUCUUACUACAAAGAUGCUGUGCUUUUAAAAAAGGUGUUUGCCAAAGGCCUUCUGUACCUGGGUAUGAACACAGCCGGCCUGUUCAUCCACUACCUGACAGAUCACGCCCAGAGACAGGUUUUCCUGGAGACGCGGCGCUGCAUCGAGGGCCGCCUCAAACUGGAGCAAGAGAACCAGAGACAGGAACGCCUGGUCCUGUCAAUUCUGCCUCGCUUCGUUGCCUUGGAGAUGAUUGCAGACAUGAGUUCUUUGGAGGACGAGCUGAACCCUCAAGAGUUUCACAAGAUCUACAUUCAUCAGUACAAAGAUGUCAGCAUCCUUUUUGCAGACAUUAAAGGUUUCACUCAGUUAUCCAUGAAUCUGUCGGCUCAGGAUUUGGUUCAAACCCUUAAUGAGCUUUUCGGACGUUUUGACCGCUUGGCUGAGGAACAUCACUGCUUGCGGAUAAAGAUACUAGGGGACUGUUAUUACUGCGUGUCUGGGGUGCCUGAACCCCAGCACGCCCAUGCCCGCUGUUGUGUAGAAAUGGGCCUGGCUAUGAUCACCACUAUACGACUCGUGAGGAAGCAGCUGAACUUCGACUUAGACAUGAGAAUCGGCAUACACUCCGGUUCUGUCCUGUGCGGCGUGCUGGGCCUGCAGAAGUGGCAGUUUGACGUCUGGUCAUGGGAUGUGGGCAUCGCCAACAUGCUGGAAGCUGGAGGGAUACCAGGGCGCAUUCACAUCUCAAGGACAACUUUGGACUGUCUAGGGGGAAUCUACAAGACAGAGGACGGUCGCGGAGGGGACAGGAACGAGUUCUUGAUGAAACAUAACAUAGACACCUUCCUCAUCUGCCCUUCAGAGGAGAGGAACGGCCACACUGAGCCCAUCAAAGUCCAGAGAACUGUUCGGACCUGGAACCCUGAGAUCCCUUUUGGUCAUGUCAUUGACAUGAAUAGUAUCUUGGCGUCUUUCACGAAUGGCUCGCUGCCCAGCAUAUGGCAGUCGACUUCCAGAGAAAUCAACAAACGCAUCAAACAUGCGAUCAAGGUUCGAAGCAGCGAGCGCAUGCACAAGGAGCACAUCACUCCACUGACCCUGGUGUUCAAGGACGCCCUGAUCGAGGACAAGUUCUCUCAAAUUAGAGAUGAAAUGUUCAACUCCAACAUGGUCUGCUCCUUCAUCGUACUCCUCUUCCUCAUGGCUUCUCAGGCCUUCAUGCCUGUUCCCAGGCAGUUUCCGGCUGUCCUCCAGUUUUCUGUUUUCCUGCUUGCGUACAUGAUGCUGCUGCUGGUUUCUCUCGCUGAGGAGUUCAAGAGGACGCCUGCGGUGCUGCAGAACAUCUGCUGCUGGUUCCACGAAAACAACAGCGCUCGCAACCUCCUCACUCUCACUGCCAUCCUCAUCAACUUUGCCCUGGCCUCUUCAGACAUGGUCUGGUGUCUUCUCUCAAUGACAGAUGAGACUGACAUGAUGGAGAAGAUGAAAAUAGGCUCGACUCCUUUCACCAUCUGCACCUACCCCGAGAUCUUCGUGCUGAGCGGUGUGGUUGCCAUGGUGACCUGUGCUGUUUUUCUGCGGCUGAACUCCCUGCUGAAGCUGGCGGUGCUGCUCUUUGUGGUCACCCUGUACUCCUAUGCCAUCCACCUGGCGUUUGUCACACUCGCACGCCACGACACACUGCAAAGGUCAAACUAUGUGAGGAGAAAAGGGAUUUCCAUUCUACUCAUGGUCAUGUUCACGGUCGCUGUUUUUUAUAAUGGACGACAGUGGGAGGCCACCGCCAGGCUGGACUUUCUGUGGCGUCUGCAGGCCCAGCAGGAGGUGGAGGACAUGAGGGAGCUGAGGGAGCACAACGAGAGUUUGCUGCACAACAUCUUACCUGUGCACGUGGCGCAGCAUUUUCUGGAGCGGAACAAGAACGAUCAGGAGCUUUACUCUCAGUCCUAUGAUGAAGUGGGCGUCAUGUUUGCCUCGGUCGCCGGCUUCAAUGAAUACUUUGAGCAGAAAGAGAUUAAACAUGAAGGAGUGGACUGCCUGCGGCUGCUGAAUGAGAUCAUUGCUGGCUUUGAUGAGCUGUUGGAGGAGUCGUACUUCCACUGCGUGGAGAAGAUCAAAACCAUUGGGAGCUGCUAUAUGGCAGCUUCGGGAUUAGCUCCAAAUAAGCAGGCAUCCAUGGAGGAGUGGAAUCACCUGAGCGAGCUGGUUCUGUUUGCGUUGGCGAUGCAGGAGACCUUAAAGGAGACCAACCGGCUCUCCGCUCAGAACUUUAAGCUGCGUGUAGGAAUUGCUCAUGGGCCAGUAGUGGCGGGGGUGAUCGGAGCCACCAAACCUCAGUAUGACAUUUGGGGGGCAACGGUGAAUCUGGCGAGUCGUAUGGACACCACAGGAGUGAGUGGACGGAUUCAGGUGCCGGAAGCCACCCGAAAAGUCCUGUCAGAGUGGGGGUUUGCCCUGGAGCUACGAGGAGAAAUAUUUAUCAAGGGGGUGAGUGAGUGCCAGGGCAAAGUGCGCACAUACUUCAUCAGCACCAUGCGGAGCAAGCAGGAGGGUGUUGGGAAGUACGGCAGGCUUGUGGGGCGCCCAUCAGGACGCCUGACCCUGGCGGAGGUCGUGUUUGGGCUGGUCCAAGCCAGACACAAGGAGAAAAUUCGAGAAACGAACAGCAACUUUGGUCUGAUUCCCUGCAAACUGAAGUGCUGAGAGCCACACAGAGGAGUGGUGCUGUUCCUGCAUGUUUACAGGGCGGAUCAAGCCCUCCAAGGAUCUCGCUCCCGUUACUUCACGGUGUUCUCCAUUGUGUAAGGAGAAGUAAAAGUCUAAACUCACCAUUUCUUGGGACUUAAACCUCACCUUGAACGGGCCUUUCUCUUCCAAUGACCUCUUGUAAAGUGUAACAAAUAUUAGAGGGAUCUCUAUUUUUUUUUAGCUUUCUUGUUGCCAUUUUUCUGUCAAAUAAAAGCCAACAUGUCUUUUUUUUUCAUAUCUUGCAUUGUAAGAUAUCAAACGUUUGAGCCAAAAACUAGAAUACCUCUUUGAAAAAAACUAAUCACACUUUAGUUUAGGGGUCUGCAACUUUUAGCAUGAAAAAUAACAGUUUUUUACUGCAAAAUUCCAUAUUUUUUGUGCCCAUCAAGCAAUUUGUUUAUCAAUAAAAUGUAGCUUUUGACAUUUAAUUAUAUUAGUGCUGUAUUACUGGUAACUUAACAACGGCACAUACAAGUUCCUUUCAAAAUAAAAUGCAUCUUGUGUCGAA